CAGUUAUGUGUGUAUUCCAAAACACACUCCAUUGCAAAGCCUGCCUUUGGUUUCUAAACCCACACUCUCUUAAAAUGUCGAAUAAUCAAAGCAACCCAUCAUCACAUACCACCGGGAAAGUCCACGACAACUUGGCCAUCAUCCUCAAUCCCAACGGCACCAUCACGCGCAUCGGUCCCAACCCAAUCGCCCUGGCCACACCCGAUCCAAACACUUCCUCCCCUGUCCUCACGAAAGACCUCCCUCUAAACCCACACCACAACACCUGGGUACGCAUAUUCAUGCCCCGCCAAGCACUCGAUACUUUCUCUUCUACCACAAAAUACACUAAGCUACCUCUCAUCGUUUACUUCCAUGGUGGUGGCUUCAUUUUAUACAGUGCAGCCUCAACAUUUUUCCACAACUUCUGCGUGGAAAUGACGACCCAAGCCGGUGUUGCAAUCGUAUCGGUCGAGCAUCGCCUUGCUCCGGAGCAUCGUCUGCCGGCAGCCUACGACGAUGCCAUGGAUGCGUUGCUUUGGAUUAGAACUUCCCAAGAUGUGUGGCUUCGUGACUUCACUGAUAUUACAAGAUGUUUUAUCAUGGGUACUAGUUCGGGUGGAAACAUAGCCUACCACGCGGGACUACAUGCAGCCGCGGAGGUUUCUGAUCUUGCGCCGCUGAAGAUCAGAGGGCUAGUAUUGCAUGAACCGGCUUUUGGUGGGACCGAGAGGAGUGGAUCAGAAUUGAGGUUGAUAAACGAUCCAAUAUUGCCAAUGUUUUUGGCUGAUCUGAUGUGGGAAUUGGCGUUGCCAAUUGGGGCUGACCGUGAUCACAAGUACUGUAAUCCAACGGUGGACAGUGAAUCAUCAUGGGAGAAAAUGAGGAAGCUGGGGUGGCGGGUUAUGGUGGCGGGUUAUAAGGGAGAUCCAAUGGUGGACCGACAGAUGGAGUUGGGCAAAGCGCUAAAAAAGAAAGGCGUGGAAGUGGUGGCCGAAUUUAGUGAAGGUGAGUAUCAUGGGGUUACGAUUAGGGAACACACAAAAGCUAAACCCUUGUUUGCACUUAUAAGAAAAUUCGUGCAUGGCUCUCCAAGUGCACUCUAGUAUUGCAAUUCCACGGCGCUUGGCCAUACUCUAUUCUUAAAUAUUUAUAUUUUAUUUUAGAAUAAACGAUGUUUUAGAAUAUUGGAAUGAACAGCACUGUUUGUUUA